AUGUCGGACUCUGUGGAUCGCGUGUUUGUCCAUGCCCUUGCCACAGUGCGCCGGCUCCCUCGAACUGGCUCCUCACGACCACCUCCGUCCGCCCGGCUACGUCUCUAUGGCCUCUAUAAACAAUCCAUGGAGGGUGACGUUGAAUCUAUCCUCCCGCGUCCGACCGUGCCCUCUGUUUCCCCAGACCCCAACAACUCCAAGUCAAACAACGUUCACCGCUACGCGUCUCGAGACCUAAGGAUGCGAGAGGCUGAAGCCGAGAUUGAGAAAUGGGAUGCGUGGCAUGCCUGCGCCGGCAUGUCCCGCACUGAAGCCAAACGACGGUACAUCAGUACACUAAUAGAUACCAUGAAGGAAUAUGCCUCCGGGACACAGGAAUCUCGUGAGCUGGUAGCAGAACUGGAAUUCGUUUGGAACCAGAUCAAAAGUCAAAGCGGGAGCUCAGAGGACGACGAUGCAGAGUCGUCCACCAGACGGUUGGAGCGGGCUGGUCUGAAACAAACAACAAGUUUCGGGAGUCUACCUCCCGGCCAAAGCACACGAGGCGAAGGGGAAAGUCUGGGCAGAUUAAAUUCGGACCCAAGUCGGAUGCGAGUCCUGUCGCCAGUUUCACAGAGAGGGAGCGAUGAUAUUGUGGAGAGUGAAGAGUUAUUGGUCCUUUAUCAUCUUCGCGGCGAGCUCACUCUGAUCCAGACUGGCGAAGUCGCAUUGAGUCUCACUUAA